GAAGAACAUAAUAAGCAUAUUAUUUUAAUGUUAUAAAUACAAUAAAUUGUUCUAUAAAGUUUCAUUAAACUAUUCCAUUAAAUAAAACAUUACAAAGUACCAAAAAAAAAUCUUUAAAAUAGAAAGAUUCUUUAAUUUCAAACCGUGAAAAUAGAUCCUUUUGUGUCGUUUUUGACAAUGUGAGUGAGAUCAUGCAUAUUGCUUAUCGUGCUGACAAUUGUAAGUGAAUCAAUGAUCUUGUUCAUAUCUAUUGUACCGCGCCAAAGAGAGAUAACAAAAAGACAAAUAUUUUUAGCCCCCGUAUCAGCUGUUAACUCAAUCUUUUUUUUAUUCGGUUAGAACGGCCUGGUCGUAUCAAGUGUUAACUCAAUCUAUUACGGCAUUUUAUUGCUAGAGGUUCACUUUACGUUUUUCAUAUAACUGAAUCGCACUACAACUAGCUCGAACGAUGUGUACAAACAAUCAACAAUUUGUGAUUUUAGGCGGUGGAAUAAAUGGCCUCUCCUGUGCGAUGCGUUUGUCGGAUGAAUUCCCUUGCGCGACAAUACAGAUUAUAAGUGAUAGUUUCAGUCCCAACACCACUAGUGAUGUCGCGGCAGGAUUGUGGGGACCAUACGUUUUAGGCGAAACAUCGAUCACCGAUUGUAGACGAUGGGCACAAGAAACACACGACUAUUUCCUCCAACUAUGGCGCAAUGGAUAUGCCGAUCGGUGCGGAAUUUGUUUACUCCCCGUAGUGGAGUAUUAUGAAAAGGCUACAUCCGCUCCCUGGUGGCAUGAUAUUGUGUUUGGAUUUCGUGAAAUGGACAUUGCAUCUGAAAAUAUUAAACUGAUCAACGCGAAGAACUUUCACACUGCUUUUAUGUACAUAACGUUUACCUGUGAACCGUCCAAACUAAUGAAACACUAUCGUGACAUUUUGUCAACACGGAAUGUUACGUUUCGCCAAGAACAUUUGGAAAGUGUCCCCCGUUUAGAGUGCAUGAACAUUCCGGCAAAUGCAAUCAUUAUCAAUUGUUUAGGCUUGGGUUCGCAAUGCGUUGCUGAUGAUGCAGACUUAUUUCCUGUUCGUGGCCAGGUACAACGUGUAAAAGCAACUUCCGUGUUUCAUUCGUUCGCGAAUGACUCGUACUACAUAAUUCCCAAUACGGACACCGUUGUUUUGGGUGGAACGAAGCAAAAAAGUAACCAUCAACUGGUAAGCCCCGUUGAUCGGUACAACAUCAGAAUAGGUUGUCAAAACAUUAUUCCUUCAUUGAGAGAUGCGUUACUCGUAAAAGAUAAUGUUGGGUUACGUCCGGUCAGAUCUUCCGGAGUACGUUUGGAGCUAACAGAUAUUGUUUUCGCUAAUGGAGAGCGUCAUGCGAUUGUCCACAACUAUGGUCACGGUGGGGCAGGAAUUACACUCGCCUGGGGAUGUGCCGGUGAAGUGACGCGUCUGGUGCAUGAAUAUGGUACGAAAAUGCCGAAUCUGCAACUGAAACUGUAACGAAACUUAUGAAGCUGUACAAGUUUUGUAUGAACUCAGUUUGGAACAAAUUCUCAAAACAAUUGAAAUUCAAAAUUCAACUUAUUUUGCGUAAGGCAGAAGAUAAUGUAUUUUAAUAUUAC